GCCUGCUCGGGCGGUCGGCGGGCCGCGGGCUGCGGCGCGAUGGCUCCCAUGGGCAUCCGCCUGUCCCCGCUCGGGGUGGCUGUGUUCUGCCUGCUGGGGCUGGGCGUCCUGUACCAUCUCUACUCGGGCUUCCUGGCCGGCCGCUUCAGUCUCUUCGGCCUGGGCAGCGAGGCCGGCGGCGCGGCGGGGCCGGGGGCCGCGGCCGACGGGGCCACGGUGGACCUGCGCGAGCUGCUGGCUGCGUCCGUUCUGGCCGCAGUCCGUGGCGGCGACGAGGUCCGGCGCGUCCGCGAGAGCAACGCCCUCCACGAGAAGUCCAAGGGGAAGACUCGGGAGGGAGCCGAGGAGAAGAUGACCAGCGGCGACGUGCUGUCCAACCGCAAGAUGUUCUACCUGCUGAAGACCGCCUUCCCCAGCGUCCAGAUAAAUACUGAGGAACAUGUGGAUGCAGCUGAUCAGGAGAUUAUCUUAUGGGAUCAUAAUAUUCCUGAAGAUAUCCUGAGGGAAAUCACUACCCCUAAAGAAGUGCCAGCAGAAAGUGUUACUGUCUGGAUUGACCCACUUGAUGCUACUCAAGAGUACACAGAGGACCUUCGAAAAUAUGUCACUACUAUGGUGUGUGUAGCUGUAAAUGGUAAACCUGUGCUUGGAGUAAUACAUAAGCCAUUUUCUGAAUAUACAGCUUGGGCAAUGGUAGAUGGUGGUUCAAAUGUAAAAGCUCGAACUUCCUACAAUGAGAAGACCCCAAGGAUCGUUGUGUCCCGUUCCCAUUCAGGAAUGGUCAAACAAGUUGCUCUUCAGACUUUUGGAAAUCAGACUACAAUUAUUCCUGCUGGUGGUGCUGGUUAUAAAGUUUUGGCACUGUUGGAUGUGGCAGAUAAAGAUCAGGAGAAAGCUGAUCUCUAUAUCCAUGUGACAUACAUCAAGAAGUGGGAUAUAUGUGCUGGCAAUGCCAUCUUAAAAGCCCUUGGAGGGCACAUGACUACCUUGAAUGGUGAAGAAAUUAGCUACACUGGUUCGGAUGGUGUUGAAGGGGGACUUCUUGCCAGCAUCAGAGUGAAUCAUCAGGCUCUGGUCAGAAAACUCCCAGAUCUGGAGAAGAUGGGGCACAAUUAGUAUAAUUGACCUUAAAAGCGCAGCUCUUCCAGAGCCCGAGCCACUGAAGGUUUCAAGGGAUGAUUCUUUGUGGAGACUACGUGUGUUUACGGCCCUCAGCGCUGCUGAGUAUUUACGAAGCAUCAGAGACUUAUUUUCCCCAGGAUACAGAAUGCACCAUCAGGGAAAAUGGGUUGCUUCGUGUCUCAAGUAUUGUCUUUAUUUUUGAGACUAUUUUUCGUACAGUUGUCAUACACAAAGCGUAUAUAUAUAUAUAUAUAUAUAUAUAUAUAUUUGUGAAUUAAAAUCUAUAGUGGAGUCUACAUUGUUACGAGUCACCAUUUUUGCACAAUAUCAUGAAUCUUCACUAUUUGUUGGUAUUUUCAUAUAGAAUUUCUCUGAAAGGAUUGAUUUUUGUGUAGAUGUUUAAUAUAACUACAAUUCUCAUUGAAAAUCAAGUAAUUGGAGAUUUUAACGCCAAAUUUGGAGGAAAGCACAAGAAGCCACACAUACAUUAAUAUGCAACAAAUGCUUUAUUACUAUUUCUUAGAGAUAAGAAUAGAAAAACAAAUAGAUUUUUUCCAAAAAUUUAAUAACAGCCUCACCAGCUAAUGGGAAAUGUGACAUAUGGUGGUUGCAUUGUAAUUGUAAUUUAUGUGUGUGUGGUGUUUUUUAUUUUCCUUCUUUUUAAGCAAAGUGUAUUUAGACCCCGGAGUUAAACAUUUCUGCCAUAUUGGUGUUCAUUUUCAUUUUGAUAGGUGCAUGGUCCCAUCUGUCUUUCCUUCCUGACCAACAUUUAGUCUUGAAUAGUGUAAGAAAUGAAUGGCUUAAGGUUUCAGGGCUAACAGGAUUUUGGCAUAUUUUCUCAUUAGGGAUAAGAUACACUGUUAUACAAUAUCAGAAUAUUGUGAUUCUGUGAACUGAAAAUUCGUUGACAUUACAUGAAUUAAACUAACUUUCAAAAACAAAAUUUAACAUUGCUUUAGUACUUAAUGAAACAAAAUUGCCAGGUUUGAAUGUAGAAGUUUUUAUCUCAUUUUCAAGAAUGAGUUGUUAUUGUUUUUGACUUGGCUGCUUUGUCAUUAAUUGUUUACCCUCAGAUUAAAAUAAUUAAGAUUAAAGUAGAUUUUUAAAAUGACAUUAAAAUUUUUUCUUUCCUUGCUUAAAUUCAAAUCUACAGGCUGGCUAUAAGAAAUAUUGUGACAUAUUCAUGUAUGUCCUUGUAGCUGGAACCUUGCUCUUUGAGUUGUCUUACCUUAGACAGGCACUGGUUUCUCUGUGUAGUACAUAGAAAUGUCAUUUAAAAACCAGUUUUAGGUGACUUCGAUGUCUUCAUGUUAUUUAACACAGUGAAAAUGAGUAAUAGUUCUCACUGGGGUUUUCUUGUUGUUUUUAACUUUUAACCCUAAGACAAGUUUUUGUUUUUUUUUCUGUCUUGAAAUUGACCAAAGAAUGGAUAUUCUAACCUGGUGAAAUGUACGUACAGCGUUAGGUUUUGGAUGCUACACUUGACAAAUGUUUUAAUGCCUCAUUAAGGAGCAGGAUUUUCUAUUUAGUCUCUAACAAGUUGUACUUAGUCUUUAGCAACUUUUCACAAGUGUGAUAAAGUUAUUUCACUGAAAAUUUUUUGAUGGUUGGAAUGCAUGGCAUUUAAAUAGGUCUUAAUUCUGAAAGAAUAUCAGUUAUUUCCUCUAGCUCGCAGUGAGAUGAUGGAACUUUGUCCUCAGGAGAAAUGGCCAAAAGGCUCUUGCCAGGGACCUAUGGCUUUCUUGCCUUGUGUCUAACUUCUAGGGAAAUGCAAUUAAGAAAAUAGAAAACAGAAUUGAAUUGGGAUUUCAUUUUUAAUUUUUUGGUUUUCCUUCAGUAUUACAUGGAAACUUAAUGAUUUAAUGGAAACAAAAACUAGCUCACACUAGCAACCGUUAUUGUUUUUGUUUUAUUAUUUCAUCUGCAUGUAGAUAAUGAUUUUGAAGCAUUUUAGUUAUGUGCAAAAAUGAAGAUACUGGCCGACAGAUACAUUAUUUUUAUAAUUCUGGGUGUAUCUAGUUACUAAUAAUUUUUAAGUACUUUUAUGUAAUGUUAUUAAAAAAACCUCUGUUUCUAAAAGUCAAUAUGCAUUACCAGGAUUACUAUCAGUACAAAAGUCAGUAUUUAUAUAUUUAUGUGAGAGAUUAAUUGUGCUAGAACAUACCCAUAAAACAACUUCAUGAUUAAGUAGAAUUACUCACUGAGGCAUGUAAUAUAUUCUAUGAUUGCAUUAAUUAUUUCUAACACAUAGCAAAAUAAGUAGGCAAUAUACAUUUAGACGUCUCGACCUUUCCAACUCGUGGUUUUAUCUCUCCUUCAUUUUAGCUCUUUUUUUCGAGGAUGAUUUUCCAUUAAAAUUGAGUUUUAUACACUGUAUUUAUUAGAAAGCUAUGGUAUUAGAAACAUCAGUACCCAUCAGUUAAGCCUAUCCUUAGCCUCAUCUUUUCUCUGUUUGCCUCACUUGGCCAUGGUUCCCUUUUAUCUUCCUCUUUCUUAGCCAUAUACUGCCCUGAAUUUUGGUGUGUACUCAUUUCACUCAAGAUGGAUUGUUCUCUUGUGAUAAAACUGAGACCCUAAUAAACUUCAUUAGAGGAGAUCAGUUUUGGGAGAACUCUAAUAAACCUUUUUUCUUCUUCAAAGAUUCACUUUAAAAGGUAAAGAACAUUGCCUCCAGAACUAUAAAGUUUAAAUAGAUCUAAUCUAUUAUUUUGUCUUUAUAAAGACAUCUGAUUCACCCCUCAAAAAUAUAAACAUAAAAAAUACAGGAGUGUUACAUAAGCCUUUUAAAGAAAACUGUCUUCUUGUAAGAUAUAUUGUUUGUAUCUCGCAUUUCAAGGGCCUACAAGUUGGGUCAUAUUUGUCUUUGGUAUAUAUUUCAAUUGUACUCUUCCCCAAUUUUAAUAUUUGUUUAUUUUACAUUAAUAUUUACAUGAACUGUUCAUAGCUAUAUAAUGAAAUAACAAAAGAAUUAUGUAUUUUAAAUAACUGCUUAUUACUUGUUGGAUGCACUCUGAAUAUUUUGCAAAUUGUAUCAGAGAAGUUGAAGGGGAGGGGCAGUGCUAGUAGAAGGUGCAAAGGAUAUAGAAGUACCUCAGCAAACAUCUUUCUUGUGUCAAUUAUCAGUAAUUCUGCUCUCUCCUCAGAAAGGGGUUUGUAUUCUAGUUUGAAGGGUGAUUAUUGUCUCUGAUAGCCCAGUCUGAGCACAGCAAGCUGGAAUGCCACUCUGCUCCAAAGGAAAGACAGUGCCUCUUUCCGCUUGCUGAGAUGGCCUGUUGGAAAUACUCUUAAAUUAAAAAUAAGAACUAUUUGGGUUAUUCUAGUUGUAACUUAACUAUCUUUGCUAUAUGUUAGAUGUGUCCUGCAUAGAAACAUUGAUUUGAAAUUUUAUAUCUUGAUUGAUUUUAAAAGAUGUAUAUAAUUAUUUUCAGUAAAUGUGUACAAAACGAUUGUCUUGUAACUGAUGUGUUGUGAAGAUAAACCUAAACACCUAUGGUUUCAUAUUUAUCCUAAAAUAAAGUUGUGCCUUAACAAUAGGGCAUUGUAUGUUAACAAGGGAAGAACCUAUCCUUUUUAUAAUGGGGAAAAUAAAUUUUUUUUGCCAUUAUAAUUAAGUUCUUUUAAUGUGUUUUAAUGUUGGAUUUGAGCAAACAAAAUCUAUUCAAAUAAAAUUGAUAGAAAACUAA